AUGCAUAUUUCAUUAAAAAAUUGGUGUGAAGUCCAUUCACCAAAACUAUUUUAUCCAGCAGUUGGACGUCCUCAAAUCGCUUAUCGUUUAACAACAAAUGGAAAAUUUCAAGAAGCUGUUGAAAAAUUUCGUUCAAUAUUAUUAUCUGUUGCAUUAUGUAUUGUUGAAUCACGUCAAGAUAUUCUUGAGAGUCAACAAUUAACUGAAAUAUGUAAAGA